AUGAGAUUUCUGGCUAUUGUACUGAUUUUUGUGAUUCUUGGCCAAUCAGUAAAUGGAUGGCCGUUUUGGAGACGUUGGCGCCCUCCACCACCACCGCUUUUCUAUCCCCGUCCAUUCUUCUACCCGCCACCACUGCCACCACCACCGAUGUUCUACCCACCUCCAUAUUAUUAUAGAAAUCCUGUCGGCAGUUUUCUGCAAGGCGCCGUUGUGGGCGGUUUGGUCGGUGGGACACUGGGACUCUUCGGAAAGAAA